AUGUCGUCCAGGAACGAACUCACCCCGAGCAUAAGCUUAUCGCCUGAUUCGGCCAUGAAUCUUCCUGGACGAUUUUCACGAAGCAAGCGGCCGAGCAAGUCAAAGAAAGAAGAUCUACCUCCAAAGGAAACUCACCAGAAGAUCGAAAGGCUCACGAAACGGAGUUUGUACGAACGGCUAACCUAUGCUCUGGACAUUCUUGUGCCGGAAGAUGAGCCGGAGACUAUGGUGGUCCCUGCUGGACAUUUUUUGCAACAGGUCCACUAUGGAAAGAUACAUCGGUGGAGGGUGGCCCAGAAUGAAUUUGCGAAUUUGCCGGAAUAUCUCAUUGACCAUCGAGAGAAAGAGCCCCACUACAAUGUCUUUGUAAAGAGCGAAGGAUGGUUCCCAAUCUUUGACCUAACGUCAGCCUUUUUGAAGAGAUGGGAUAUGCUAUCCUUAAUCUUGCUUAUCUUCACAGCAUCGGUUACACCCUUCGAGACUGCAUUCAUCGCGAGCGACAACUCUAUCAAUAUCAUGUUCUUGAUCAACCGCGUGGUUGACCUCGUCUUCUUCGUUGAUAUGUUCGUCCAAAUUCGAACUCCCUAUCGCGAUCCUCAAACCGGGAGACUCGUCCGAGAUGGCAAAUCAAUUCUGCUUCGGUACCUGAAAUCGUGGUUUCUUAUUGACUUGGUAUCUGUAAUACCUUUCGAGCUUGUGAACAUGGGUCAAGGAGGGGGAAAGAAGAACUUGAAUCAACUGAGACUUUUACGGUUUUUACGACUUGCGCGUCUGUUGAAACUGCUUCGAGUCCUUCGAGCUAGCCGCAAGUUGAAACAAUGGCAAGUGCAUAUAAACUUGCGUUACGCGACAUUGAAGGUCCUCCAGUAUUGCAUCAUCAUCAUGUUCGUCAUUCACUGGCUUGCAUGCGGAUACCGGUUGGCGGACGAGCAAAACGCUCCAACGGAUCCUCCAGGAUGGCUAGCAAACUACGCGACUUACGCCAACGUAUCUCUUUCCUCUAUCUCACCCUGGGAAGCUUACGUCUUGGCAGUCUAUUGGAGUUCGUCUACGUUCAGCUUGGUUGGGCCCCAAUGGGAAGUCAUCGCACCAACGACAGUUAGAGAAACCGGCUAUGCGUUCUUUGCUACGUUUGUAUCUUAUAUAACUGCGCUGUAUUUGAUUGGCUCCCUGGUCAACAUAUUGGGUAUCGCCAAUCGAGUGCAGAGGGAACAUGAUCUACGAGUCGAUAACUAUCUCGAGAUGUUCGACCGUCUCAAGUUAGACCAGCGACUGAAGAUCAAGGUGCACGAAUAUCUCUCGGAUCAUUUUGCUGCUGCAACCACUCAGGCGUACACAAAUCUUCUGAAAGACCUUCCUACCCAAUUACAUGGGUUUAUUACAAUGGAGAUCUUUGUUGAUUUUAUUGGUCAAAUACCCUACCUCGAACCAUUUAUCGAUCGAGAGCCGUCCAUGACGCAGGAACUCUGUCGCGGAAUUGAGAUUCGGACCAUCCCAGCGAAUGCGCACAUUUUCACUGAAGGGUAUGAGGGAAUCUACUACUUGGAACAUGGAAUUGUGGCAAUCGAAGGAAGGGUGUAUCCCAGCGGAAGCGUCUUUGGGCGAACUUCUCUACGUGAAAAUAUCAAGCAAAGCGAGUGCAGGGCAUUAACCAACGUGACAAUCCACGUCUUGCCCCUAACGAUCUUGAAGAGCACUUUGGAAAGGAACCCAAAGAUUCGAUACUACGCCAAGCGAUGGAUAGCAUGGCAGCUAUUGAGGCGAUACAUAUUCACGUAUACGACUUUAUACUACACUGCCGCGAAGAGGGGUGCAAGAAUGAUCCCGCCGCUCAUGUCGAUGAGGCCGAACUUGAAGGAAGGCGAAUUCGACGAUAUUGACCUCGCGGUUCUUGAGCAUAUCAAUGAAUUCAAUUAUUAG